AUGUCUACAUCAUCUGCUUCAUUAUGUGAAUUUGUUAUCCGCGAUCAUUAUGAUGUACAAACAGAGGGAAUAGAUUGUGAACAUGUAGCGAGAUUAUUGAGAGAAAUGGAGCUUGAAAAUCUAAAAGUUGAACGUAAACGUCAUUUCAAGUUAUUAUUACAAGACAAUAAUAAGGAUGAAAAUACCUCAACGCAUGAACGUCUUUUUGCAAAAUUAUGUAAAGUAGAUAUUGAAGGCUUAACCUGUGAUGAUCCUCUGUGUAUUAGCGUAAUCGAUCUCGGCUCAGAUAAAUAUAAACUCUUUGAAAGCGAUUAUGACGUUCUUGUAGGACAAAAGGCCGGCAUUAGAAGACUAAACAAAGAUGCAUUGAUUAAAAAUGUGUGCGCUGAUUUUGUCAUAAAAAGAGAAGAGGCUCGACGCCUAUAUAAAUUUGUACUAGCACCUACAGAAUUAGUAACGCACGACCAAUGGGUAGAGCAGAACCACGAUAGAGAACGGGUAGCAAAAGGUUUUACUACAAGAAAUAUACUUCGUCGGGUUGAUAAAGGUUCAGAAAAUACGCUUGUAGGAAGCAUUGCUCGUCUUAUAGAUGCGACUAUGUACCGUUUGCCCAUUGGAUGUGAAAUUGAGGUGACCAGAGGUGAGCGCCAAAGUAUAGCAAGUAAAAAUCGAAAAGUGAAACAGUCAGACGGCGCAAGAGGAGAUAAACCUGAUUUAAUGAUUCGGACAUUUCUCAGGCAAAAGUGGAACGAGGUUGUAUAUUUUGAAAGUGGUAGAUGGAGUUUUACAGAUAAGAAGAAACAAGAUGAUCAUAAUAAGUUAGCCCAAUUAUGUUUAGAUGGUUAUAAAGAGAUCAAGAAAAAAUGCGUGAAACAGCUUCUCCAUGAGCGUUAUAUCGCAUUUGGUGUCAAUAUAGCAGGGGAGUAUAUUGUAAUACAUGGACUAGUAUGGGAAAAGGAUGUUAGAUAUUAUCUUCCUAUUGCAAGGGCGAAGAUUCCUUUUAAUAACGAGUCAACUGAAGAGGUGGAGGAAUUUAUUCAUUCUCUAAUGGUUUUACGAAAUGGGUUAAUUGUGAACUUACAAAACUUAACUAACAGUAUUCAGACAAGAACUAAAAGAAACACUGAACUCAGAAAGUCUGAAAUUUUAGCUAGGAUGCCCCUGCUAAAAAAUAGUCAUAGGAAAAAAGGUGUGAAAAAUAUUUCUCAAAUGAUAUCUGAUAGUAUUCAAAAUGAUGCACAGUCUCAAAAAUGUAUUCUUAGUUCUUCUAAUGAUAUAUUAUCACAACAAAGCCAAAUUUCUUCUACAGAUUUUUCUAUUCUCCGUAAAAAGAGAUCUGAAGAAACAGGUAAUUCAUCAUUCACGCCUCAAAUCGCUCCAGCUGAAAUAGAGAAUCAUGAUGACUAUGAUGAGGUAUAUUAUUAUGAUGAGGCGUGUUUUGAUAAUCCCACACCUCAGUCAGAGAAAGGGACUAAUGAAGUUCAGAUAGUCGAUGAUAGUAAUUGUAGCCAUGACAAUGAUUCUGAAGAAGAGAGGCUAGAUGAAUCAGAUGAUAACAGAUAUAAUGGGUAUAAUAGAUAUGAUAAAUAUGGUAGAUGCAAUAGAGGUUAUUAUUAUUAUAACAGAAGAUAUGAAAGACAAAGCUCACCAAUGAUGAGUUCUAUUAUCUCACCAGUAACUGUCUAG